AGUGUACUCAGAACACUGCCACUAAUAUUAAUGCAAUAACUGCUAAUACUUUACAAAACGCACGUUCCACUAAUUUAUCUAUGUCGUCACUGAGCAAUGUAGCUAGAAUUCAUAAUAAUAUGUGUUUGUCUAAAAGUAAAAGUAAUUUUGAAAUUAAUUUAAAUACAAAAACAGCAUCAAAUGUACUAAACAAACCAAUUUAUUCCAACAAUGAAACUAUCAAGAAACAAGAAAAUAAACUAUCAUCCACACUUUCCACAUUACCUACAUCCACAAAUACUAGUAAACAUAAGACUCACAACAAAAACAAAAAUUCUAGCAACAAUAACACACUUAAGCGUAAGCUAGAAAUCACCGACGUACGCUUGCGUUCCACAACGAAUCCUCAUGCACUCACUGAAGGCACUGACUUCGUACUAAGUCAGGAGAAUAGUCUUAAAAGUGCUAGUAGCAACAAACAACCACCUCAGCGUAAUCAGCACACUAGUGGUUCUCCGCCGCAGAGCAACACUGGCUUGCCAAAAUCAACACCUAGCAGUACAGACGAUAUGAACUCGGCUUUACUUAAAUCGCCUAGUGAUUCCAAUGAUAUAACUUUGAACAAUGGAAUGUUCGGCAAGUUUAAAGGCUUCACAUUACGACCACUUAAUGAUACAUCAACACCCGUGAAUAAUUUGAAUGGAUCAAAUGUAGCUUAUGUACAGCCUACAAUACAAGAUAACUCGACUGGGGUACCACAGCGUGCAGCACCUCCACCACCUGUCGUAAAAACGCACGAUACACAUAAACUGAAUGGUACUUUAGGUCGUAAAGCACCACCACCGCCAAAUGCUCCAAGUGCACCCGCUCUACCACCACCAAAUCCCGGUUCAAAUGCUCGUCCAAUCAUUUCAAUGCCCGUUUUGGAAACAACAACGCUAGGAUUACCAAUUAAAUCGAUGCAAAAUGGAGAAAUAUCGCCAAUUAGAACAGCACCUACGCCGCCUACUACAAACACAUUGAAAACUGCACCGCCGCCACCUGUUCCUUUACAUGCAGAUCCUAAAUUAAACAUAAAACGUGAUGGCACGAUACGUCGCAUAGCUUCAUUUCUUAAAAAAGAGGAAAAGCAACCAUUAAAAGAAAAAACUUACAUAGAUCGUGAAAAGUUACGUAAUUUAGAAAUUUCAGCACCAAUACCAGUAGCUCCGCAUGGAGAGUCAUCAAAUUCUGAUUCGGAGACCACACCAAAAGAAGAAGAAACAAAAAAUCUUGUCAAGCGGACUCAAUCUAUGCGUUCUCCAACAAAGAAGACAAAUGUUCAAACAUUUGGUUCCAUGCGUCAUCCACCAGGUACAGCGCGCCCUAAGAGUGUGGUUUCAGCUGCAACAGCACGUCCAAAAAGUCCGCCUCCGAGGCCGCCACCACUUAAAAAAACACUGUCAACAACUUCAUCAGGUUAUCAAAUCCCAUUAGGUGUUAACAAGUUAAAAACUGAAAAUACAUAUGACGAUUGUGAAUUUGUCGAAUUACCUCUAAGUAGUGUUAGCGAAACCGGAAAUUCACGCAACUCUACAGACAAUAUAUAUUCUGUUAUCGAUGAGAUACCACCUGCAGCUCAAACAUUAAAGCGCAGUGAUUUGGUAAGUGUAAGCAGUGCUACAAGUGAUAUGGGACUAUUGGGUGAAAUAGUCAACGAAAUCGAAAAACGCAAUGGUGGUGAUUCUAUUUAUUCAGCAUCAACGCUUAAACCUAAAAAUGAAAUAAAAGAUGAGCAGGAACACUGUAGAGCAGAAAACAGAAAAUCUGGUUAUACGAACAUUUCACAAAAUAGCACUACUGGUAAUAAGAGUGAAGCUAUAGAAGCCACAAAAACAAAUGCAACACAGAAUAUGUCCACAUAUUUACGUCCUGCACCAAUAAAUACACCAGUAGCUCGCGUGGCACCAACACGCUCAGAUCUUUCUCCAACAACAGCAUUCUCCAGUUUUAAACCACCUGCAGCCUCUUCAAUUUCAACAGCCUCUUCAAAUCACAUACCGGUUAACAAUCCUCAUCGCGUUCCAUCCACAGCGGUAAGCAGAAACAAAUCCUUUGGAAGAAGCACUACUGUACCUAACACAAAUACACAAAAAACACUGCCUGGCAGUGGUGCCAGCGGUACGACACCACAGCCAUCCGCUACCAUACAAAAACCCAAACUUCUUUCAGCGAAACCGUCGUUCACAAAUCAAAAGAAAACACCAGCAGCUGGAAGCAGUAAUUCUACGAACACAGCUGGGAAUAAACUAUCGGCAACUACACCUCGAACAGGACCAACAGUUAAGUCGGGGAAUAUUGCGUCACUUACACAACGGUUCGAAAAAGGAGGCGGUAGUGGGACAGCCACUGCGCGAAAAUAGUCUUAAGUUUUUAAUUGUUUAAGUAUUAUUUUUAAUUUAUUAUGCACUGAUUUCACGAAAACUUUAGUUGUUAGGUUGUAAAUGUGUAAUUUUAUUUAAUUCUUUAAUUUUAACUUAAGCGAUUUUGAAUUUUAUUUGUAAUUUUGAACCAAACAAAAACGACAAAAACGACAAAAACUUUAUAUAUAUAAUAAACCGAAAGUGAUAUUCAUUCCUUUUGUAUUGGCGUCGAACGAAUAAUUUUGCAACAUUUUGGAGUGCCUAAGCUCAAACCAGCAGUGAUCAACGACGCAGUUUCCUAUGACAUGUUACUGGCCACUCCAAAUAUUUAUCGUAAAAAAAACAUGUGUUUAAUUUAAGUUUAGUUAUACGUUAAGAAAAUCUGAAUUGUAUCUCAAAAUGCAAAAUUACUUUGUUUAAAAACUUUAUUUAGCUUGGGUCAAUUGAUUUAAUUGUUAAUUUAUUUAAAUAUAAAAUUGGCAAUUAAUUAUUUUUUAAUUAUUACAGUCAGUUAAGGCCUAUAUAUUUGAUGUGGAAAAUAACAAAUUGUAUUUCAGUUAAUUUUGUAAAUAUAAACCAAAGACAAAUGCGGAGAAAAUUAGAUAACUAAAA